GGCACACGCAUACGGCGGCACAGCCGGUCUGCGCAUGAGCGACCGGGAUGCCCGCGCAGCAACGCGGAUCAUCGUGAGCGCAUGGAGCCCCUGGCAUCGGGUGAUGGUGACCAGCACGCUGUGGCAGAGGCGGCCGCAGCAGCGCGAGCGGGUCACUCGCGGUCGCCGGGUCAUUUCCAGGACACAGACAGUCGCCCGGGAUCUGGCACGAGAAAGGCCGCGCCGGGUGCUGCCAGCGAGUUGCUGCACGCUCGCACGCCGUUUCUCAUGCAGCCGAGGGCCGCAGCCACCCGCAACGUGCCGCAGCGAGGCCCGUCCGCUGCCACUCACCUCAGACCGGCGGCGAGACAAUAUUGGUGUGAAACGCGGCGCUGCUCGGCGUCACCCGUCGGCGUGCGGGCGAGACCGACACCUCCGCCGGCGUGGGAGUUGGUUGUUGGGACGCAGCGCAGGAGGUGGACGCGCCUGGGCCGCACAGACGCGGCUUGCCACGUGACGCUGGCGCAGCGCUGCGUCAUCCGCUUCUCCACAUGGACCCUAGCCCCCCCCGCACCUCGACCGCCCAGGCCAAGCACACACCUCCUUGCGUCCGCACCACCACCUCACACAAGCAACCAUGUCUGAGCAGCUCUCUUCCGCCGCUGGCAUCACCGCCGGCCACGCCAAGUACGCCCAGGGCGCCGCGUCCGAGACGAUCGGCAACGUCACCGGCUCGGCCGAGUGGCAGCAGUCGGGCGCCGACACCAAGGCAGCGGCCACCGAGGAGAUCCGCGAGGCCUUCAACUCGGCCCCCGACGCCCAGGCGCAGGGCGGCGUGCAGGGCAAGGCCGCUGAGCUCGCCGAGAAGGGUGAGUGCUCCUGCGUGUGCUGGCGGCAGGCCUCCGCGCUGACCACCUUCGCAGCCUGCCCGCAGACGGGCGACGGCGUCGGCUCCGCUUGAGCAUCAAGC